AGGGUCGGUUUCGCAUCGGCUCUGCUUCAACGGAAACAGCCGAGGUGGCCGCGUCGAUUGCAGCUUUUUCAAAGAUUGAAUACUGGUAGCGGAUCGAAUCAAUUCGAACUGAAGGUGGACAAAUUUAUCGAUUUGAUUCGAAUAGAUAUCCAAAGAAGAAAGAUCUGCUGUCCGCCACACAUCAUUCCCACCCAACAACACACAGUACGCCCUCGAAUUCUCACUUUCCCAGCUUCAUUUCACUCCACUAUCAGUACCGCUCCUUCCCCUAUCACCAGAGAAAGUAAAGCAGGUGUAUCAUCGCCAUGUCCAAGGUCGUCGGUAGCUUUGGUCGUCUGUGGGGGCGUGGUUUUGAGAGCUUUUUGCCUGACCAGCGUCGUAUUCUCUCCAUCAAGGGCAAGGGAGCUACCAACUACCUGCAAGGAUUGGUGACCUGUGACUUACUGUCCGAUCCGACGCCUUGCACUCCGGAACCACUGGAUGACAAACAACCAGGAAUUCCAUUAAAAUACCAACGAACCGCCAAAGACUACGAAGAUCUACCCAAGGUGGAAUUCUCUAAAAAAUGUCGCAGUGCGUGUUUCUUGGAUAACAAGGGUAGAAUCGUAACGGAUUCCAUUUUGUGGAAAGCCACGGAAGAACAGUAUUUCAUUGAUGUUCCCGCGGAUACAUCCGACACUCUACUGGAACAUUUGAAGCAAUUCAAGUUGAGACGAACCAAAGUGACCAUUGAAGAUUGUUCCGACCAUACCACCAGUCAUGUCGUCUUUGGAACACUCAAUGCCCAAGCCACACCCGAAGGAUUCUUGGCUGCCAUGGAUCCCAGACAUCCCUCCUUGGGAAUGAGAGUACUCACAUUGCCGGUUGAAAAACAGCAACAGCAACAAUCUGCACAAGAACAAAGGGAUUAUUUUGCAGAACUCUUGUCAUCUACAUUCCCAGAGUCCAUUGGAAACUAUGACGUGGUAAGGCGAUUAGUCGGUGUGGCCGAAGGAGCCGAAAUUCAAGGCAAGGUCGCAUCCGAAUGUAACCAGGAAUUCUUGAAUGCGGUGUCCUAUCAUAAGGGAUGCUAUCUGGGACAAGAAUUGACGGCGCGAGUCCAUCAUACAGGAGUGUUGCGGAAACGAAUCAUGCCUCUUUUCCUGAAUAGCACCAAUACCGAAAUACCCGGAGCGUGGGCCGUCGCCAGUCAAUUGCAAGAAGGACGAAAACUCAACAAAUUCACAAAAAAGGAACUCAACGCCCUGCCCACCAGAUUGCCACGGCUCUCCGUUCUGGGGGCCGGAAACUUGGUGGGGCUCAUGAGCGCCUCCAUUGCCCCGGACAUUCCAGACGAUAUCCCGGAGGCACAGGAAGAAUUGAAAAAGGUACAGAGAGAAGCCGGAGUCCUGUUGAGUGAACUGGAAGAGCAUGCGACGCAAGGAUCCAAAAUCACAGACGCGAAGGAUGGGAAAACGGUAGGACAGAUUGUAUCCGCCCCCGCCAAAGGAACCAAUGUGGUUUUGGCGAUGAUGAGAUUAGAUCGUGUUGGAUUGCUUGGAGAAGACAGUACCUGGGACAGAACCAACCGUGUCAAAGUGGGCGACGGAUCCGGAGAGUUCCGCUUUCUACCGUACUUGCCCCUGUGGUGGCCGACAAUCGACGGGUCCACUGGUAAGGCCCUGAUAGAGGAUCAUGAUGACGACGAAUACGACGAUGAUGAUGAAGAGGACAGUGACGAAGAAAGGGACGAAUCAAACGACAAUCGGCAAUCAUAGCUUCUAUAUCUUAGGCAGGAUAUUAGGUUC